GCCGACACGAUGUACUAAGUACCUAUCCGUAGUGCCACUACAUAUCUACCGCAUAUUGGACGAUUUUUGGAACGCGCCCGUCAUGCCUGGCGAAGCAACCAUCCUAGAAGGGCCGGUCACGCCGGCGCCGCUCUUCGCAUACCGCGCCGUGCGAGGAAUCUUUUUCCGCUCACCAGAUUCCACGCCCGAGUACAACAACAAAGAAAACGUCGAUCCAACCCCUGUAUCUUCCCCUCAGAAAUCAAAUACCAUGGAUGAAAGGCUGCAAUUGACUCCCACUCACAAGCGCAAGCGUGAUGGUGGUGCGGUGAUGCUCUCUCCUUCAAAGGCUAUGCUAUCUCCCACAAAGGGCAUACUACGAACGCCCGGCCUUGCGACACCGAGGGCGAAAUUACUGAAGGAUAUCAAUGUCAAGUUCAAGAGUGUCAGUCCAGAAUCGGCACAACAAAGGCAUGCUGCGAUCAAAAACAUUGGUCUUGCGAAUACAAAUUCAAAUGCCAUCAAAAGCGCGUCCUCAAGCAAGGAUCCAGGCCAUCCACUUCGAAUCUCCAAAUCAAUGGGCGAUCUUGAACCUGCGAAGAGAGAGAACAAAGUUGCUGCAGCAGCAGACAAACCCACGAAAACCAGUGUGCCAGUCACAGUGAACACAACUGCGUUCCCACCGAGCGCGAUGGAUGCGUACAUGCAGCAGACAGAGAAGGAAAUGAAGAAGCUUGUCCGCUACGGGCAGAAAAUGCGCGAAUACGCGCGUCAAAAGGAUGCAGAAAAUGUGGAACUGAAGAGUAUGGUCGAGAAGCUACACCGGGAAAAUGAGCGGCUGAGACGUGCUGCUCCAAGUGAAGCCGAGGCAAAACAGGAACAAGACAGACAUGGCAACGUGCGCGAGGGAGCUACCCAAAGCCAUGUCAGCAGAACGCCCAGCAAUCGGGUCAAAUCCGCGAAGGAGUCAACCAGAGAGGGAAGCAUGGCACUACGACUGACAACCACAAAACUACGACGACCAAGUGCCUCGAUUCCCGUCUCCAUUGCGGAUACCAGACCAGCACCACCGGGCAGCAGUCACCGCAAUAAAUUUGACCAUACACCGCCACCGGCAAGCACAAAAGCACAUUCGAAAACAGAAACGAAUCCCCUAGGACAUGCUUUACCCGUCCGCUCUGCCUCUAGUGGUGCUCCCUCCGCUCACAUGAACAACGACACCGCCGCGAACCUUCCAGCUAAGAACGACAUUGGGACCGGCAGCACACGCCUAGCUCCAGAGCGCCUCGCAGCCGCUCGCGAAAGAUUACGGCGACGCGCCGAGGCGCGGAAAACUAGCGUUGAGCACGACCAGGACUGCGAAGGCCACGUAUACAAUGACAGUCCACCUAAGAAGAUGCAGCAACGAGAGGGCAUACUCAUUGACAUCAACAUCGACGGUGACGCUGAUGCGAUGCUUCAGCCACAGACUGCAGGUCAAAGUCGGGAGCAGAGUGUGCUUGAUUGGGUGAAUUUGUGAUUACUUGAUACACCCAUUAGAAGGAGCUGUGAUCUGUUAACGGGUCACGACAUAUCAACAUAGUGAAAAAGAUGUAUACGAUACCCCAUAGG